AUGCACUUUUGCUUCUGCUACUGCCUCUUGGAUAUCGGGAUGACAAGGUUUCAUCGGGAUGUUUUCUACGAGGACGAGGUUUAUGCCUACUUCAACCUGCGCUAUGCCGAGGCCGCCCGUUUCGAUGCUCCGACGGUGUAUGAGGCGCCAGCCAAUGCCGUCCUCAAUGGCACCGAGGUGAACUUGCCCUGCCUGCAAAGAAUCGGUGAUGACAUCCAGGGUGUGGAGGACUGCUUGACGCUGGCAGUCUACAUUCCCCCAGCUCCGAUUGAAGCAGGCAAGCGGCCCGUUGUGGUUCAGAUCCAUGGUGGGUUCCUGAUGGGCAAAGGCAUUGCCGGCGACGCGCAGAAGUUGAACCACCUCGUUCGCCGAGCCGACUGCGUGCUCGUGUCGAUCCAAUACCGGCUGCACCUGUUCGGCUUUUUCCAGCCGCCUGUUGCCGGCUCGGUCUCAGCGAACCGAGGCCUUCGGGACCAGCUGGCAGCCUUGUCCUGGGUUCAGAGGAACAUCGCCAGCUUCGGGGGAGACCCGAAUGCGGUGACCAUCUUCGGCCAGUCAGCAGGGGGCCGCUCCGUCGUUUCUCUGGAGCAGUCUCCGCUGAGUGCAGGGCUCUUCCAGCAGGCCAUUGCCCUCAGCCCAGGCUUUCUGCCCGCGAUGUUCACCGCAGACAUCUCGGAGGUGGAGCAGACGUCGGGGCAGCGGUGCCUCAACGCAACAGGCUGUACCUCCCUGCAGUGCUUGAGGGACCUUGAAGCGAAGCAGCUUAUGGAGAUGUGCCGCUUCUACCAGAGCCCGGAGGAGUUCAUCGAUGUACCAGGCUUCUACUUCUCCGGCUACGACGGAGAGGUGCUGACGGCCCCGAUCCAAAGCAUGUACUGCUCUGGAGCUGACAAGCCCCACGGAGAUCGGCCCAUGAUCCUGGGCUCCGUGACUAGAGAGUGGAACGUCUUCUCUUUGUCCAUGAGCCCUGCCGAUGCCACUGGCGCCUUUCUGCAGGAGUUCAGCGAUGGCUCGGCGCAGCAAGGAAAUUCUUCCUACCUGCAGUGUGCCAGGAGUUCUCUCUUGGCGGCCACAGAUCCUGAGCCCUGCCCAGCAGGCGUUCUCGGCUGCGUUCUCACUUCUCCGGCGCUCAUGCAGGCUGCCACCGACAUCUACAGCGCAGGGAUCGCCCUGAGCCUAGGGCCCGGAUCAGGCCCACGUUACCGAUAUCUUCUGGACACUGAGGCGGCCGGCAGUACUUGCAGCUCCUGUCACGGCGCUGAUAUGGACCUGAUCUACGGACUGCGCUCACCUUUCUAUGUGGGGCCGUCAUACCCACAGGGGAGACUCGACGAGAUGACCUCCAUCUUGAUGCAGUACCUGGUCAGCUUCAUCCUCACGGGAACGCCCACGGCGGCCGCCGGCCCGGCUUGGGCGCCCGUGGACCGAAGCGGUGAGAAGGACACCUAUGGCACUCCUCUGAUGGUCUUCAACCUCUCCGCACCCUCGAUGGCCGCGCAGCAGCCCGUUGGCCCGAACCGCGCCGCAGCGCAGGAGAGCGUCUCCGACGUCUUCUGCCAGCGCUCGCCAGCGACGGCCUGCUAG